AUGUCGACAUAUUCCGUUGGACCAGAGCUGAAGGUGCUCAGCCCCGGUAUUGGCUAUGGCAUCAUUGCUGGGAUUGGUGCAGUGUUUAGCGUGAUUAUGAUCUUGACGACAAAGUUCCAGAACCGGUAUUUCGCCUUCUCGACCAAGCAAUCCGAAGAGUUCAACACUGCGUCUCGAAAUGUUAAGCCUGGCCUCAUUGUCGCAGGCAUUGUUUCUGCUUGGACAUGGUCCGCUACAUUGCUCACCAGUUCCACUUUUGCAUACAUUUUCGGCAUCUCAGGUCCAAUGUGGUACGCUGCCCUGGGCUCGUCGCAAGUCAUCAUGUUCGCCAUGCUCUCGCUUCGGGUGAAAAGAGAUGUACCAGGGGCCCAUACAUUUCCGGAGAUCGUUCUCGCUCGCCAUGGUCAUGUGGCCCACGGCAUUUAUACCUUCUUUGGAUGGGUCGUCAAUAUGUUUGUCGGCGCAACACUAGUGCUGGGCGGUUCGCAGGUACUGGCUGGCUUGUCGGGAGUCAACGUCUAUGCUGCUUGUUUCAUUGUUCCAAUAGCCGUUGCCGCAUAUGUUCUCCAAGGUGGACUUCGAAGCACCUUUGUGGCCGACUAUCUUCACACCGUGAUCCUCUUUGUGGCCAUCUUCAUCUUUGCCUUCACCUUGUACACCGCCGAUGACUAUGCCGGAAGUCCUGGCAGGGUCUACGAUCUCUUGGUCGAAGCUGGGAACAAGACUCCGCUCGCGGGAAACCGUCAUGGCUCAUGGCUCACGUUCCAGUCAAGUACCGGUAUCAAGUACGCUGCCGUGAUCUUCCUCGGCAGCUUCUCGACGGUCUGGCUCGACCAAGCGUACUGGCAACGUGCCAUUGCAUCCAAACCUGAAACAAGCGUCAAGGCAUAUCUGCUAGGCGGACUGGCAUGGUACGGGAUCCCAUAUGGGUUCGCCACGACGAUGGGUUUAGGCGCCGUGGCAUUGACCGGCUCCUCAAAGUUUCCCACUUACCCUGACCCUCUCAAUGCAGCACAAGUCGGUGGGGGAUUCUCAGCACCUGCUACUGCGAUUGCUCUGAUGGGCAGAAAUGGGGCCGCGUUGAUGCUUUUGGUGCUGUUCAUGGCAGUCACUUCGUCAGUAUCUGCAGAACUCAUCGCUGUGUCCUCCCUAUGGACAUUUGACGUCUACAAGCUCUACAUCAACCCCUCAGCGUCGUCCUCCACCUUGGUCAAGCAGGCACAUUACGGCAUUAUCGCAUACUCUCUGAUAUUGGCAGCCUUUUGUUGCGGGAUGAGUGCCGGCGGCGUCGACAUCACCUGGCUUCUCACAGUGGGUGGUGUUAUUGUAGGAGGAGGCGGUAUUCCCUUGGGAUUUAUUGUCUUGUUCCCUUCUAGAAUGUCAACUGUCGCUGCUAUCGGGGCUCCUCUGGUUGCCUCACCGCUCGGCCUCACCGCUUGGUUUGUCACCACAAAACUUCGUUCCGGCGCCAUCACUGCGGUUUCCACAGGCGACCUCCCCAAUACCCUGGCGGGAAGUGCCACCGCCUGCGGCACGGGAUUGAUUGUGGCAAUUGUCUUCUCUAUUCUCUUUCCAUACAAAUACGCCUCCACAGAUCCCGCACACCUGGCUCGCGUGGAAAAGAUCCUAGGUACCGCUCCGCUUCAGGGACGCGAGGUGGCCACCGAAUCGGCUUCCAUGGACGAACCAGUGACAAGCGAAACGAAAUCUGGUAUCCCUCAAGAAUCCAAAGAUGCAGACACAGCCACAGCCACAGAGACUCCCUCGACUCCGGGCGCAGCGGGCACCGCAGCCCCCACAGGCAAUGAUGUCGUCGACUAUCUCUUGACCAACCAUAUCGAACCGCUGGACUUCAAGUCCUACCGCAAAGCUCGCCGUCUGGCCUAUUCGGCUUGCGCCGUGUUCUUCGUCGUGGCCAUGGUGCUGUUUCCAUUCACCUUUUACGGCACUGGGUACAUCUUCACUAAAGCCGCAUUCACGGGCUGGGUCGUUGUCAGCAUCAUGUGGGUCUUCUUCAGCGCCCUGGCAUGCAUCAUCUGGCCUCUCGUGGAGAGCUACCCGACAUUGAAGGACAUGACGAGGAUGCUGAUCAAUGAAACCUUCCACAAGAAGCCCGACAUGGACGUGGGACGCGUUGAACCUCAACCUUCGCCAUCAAUCGAGCGCAAGUGA